UUUCGUUAUUACGUCAUAUCUGCAGCUAUAUCUAUGAUGCCGCAGGUUGAAAUAAAGAAAGCCGUUUAUUUCCCUCUCUCCUCUCUUCUGGGCUUUCAUUCGGUUUGGGAUAUUGUCAAAUACAAAAAAAAAACAACAACAGAAAAAAAGGAAUUAAUAGAAAACUAAUUAUAAAUAAAUAAAAACCUGCAGGGACUGAAGGGAAAAUAUUUAUUUCAAUUAUUAUUAUUUUUUUAAAUGUCUGGUUCAGGGAAUUCAACAUCAAACGCUGUAUUUGUAAUGCGGCUGUGCUUGGGGCUGGCUUGGCUCGUCGUCACGGUUUCGGGACAGUGCGGACCCCCUCCUCAACGCCCCAACACCGUUUUAACCGGAGAAGGCAAACCGGACUACACCGAAGGAGCUGUACUCCGCUACGCUUGCCAGGUCGGGUUUGUAAAGACCAAAGCAGGAGAUGCUUCAAUCACUUGUAAAAACAAGGCAUGGUCCGACUCGACCCUGGUUUGCGUGCCCAAAAGCUGCGGCUCUCCGGGCGAGAUUCUCAACGGACAGUAUGUGUUUACCGGAGAAGGCGUGACGUUUGGGCAAAAGGCGACCGCAGUUUGCGAUAAAGGAUACCAGCUAUCCGGCAGCGGCGUCAGAAACUGCCGAGAAAACGGCUGGGACGGCGGCGUGCCUCAGUGCGAACCCGUUAGGUGCCCGGACCCCCCGGAGAUCCAGAACGGACACAUCAAAAACCCGCCCGAGCGAACCGUCACCUAUAACACGGUUAUAAUGUACAAGUGUUCAGCGGGAUACUACCUGGAAGGUGACCGCGACUCUGUCUGUGCCGAAGACGGGACGUACAACAGCGCCCCUCCGCGGUGUAAAGUGGUUAAAGACUGCGAAAACCCGCAGGUGAAAAACGGCCGAAAGGUCCAAGGUUUCGGACACAGUUACAAACAAAACAACGCAGUCAGCUUCGCCUGUGACAAGGGACACCGGCUCGAUGGAUCCAGCUCCGUUACCUGUCAAGGAAACGGCACCUGGCUUCCUCCGGUCCCGAAUUGUCUUCCAAUCGACUCCAAGUCCGAGUUAAACCCGGGAGGUCGCGCCGGUUCACUCAGCGCCGCACCCGUUCUACUCGGAUUAAUCACGAUUGUGACUCUAAUGUUGUUCAGCUAAACUAAAAGAUGUUUUCACGAGCUAAAGCCUGUUAACUAUUUAUUUGUUUUUCUUGUUGCUGCGACAUUAUUAUUAUUAUUAUUAUUAUUAUUAUUAUUAUUAAUAAUUUUUGCUAGCUGUGUUAAAAAUUGAAAAUGAUUUAGUCUUUUGUUCCAACUCCUGUUCUAACUUGUUUUAAUUAAUUAAUUACUUAAUUAAACCUCCAUUCAGACCCUGAAGUAGUUUAAUUAUCAGUUUCCCUGUUCAUUUUAUAACGCGCUGUUGCCCGCAUAUUUAGAACAGGCUACUUCCUGUGGUUUGUUUUGUGGAACAUUUCUUCAUUAGCAUAAUGGACCGGGUUUAUUUGUAAUAUUCUCUAACUACAUAUUGUUCUGAUAACUCUGCUCCUAAUUUAUUUUCUACUUUUUAAUGGGUUAAACCAGGAUUAGACUGGUCAUCCGGGACUGUGAUGGGCCACUCCAGCCUAUAACAAGGAUUGCAUGCAGAUUUAACAAUACGGCUGAAUUCAAAGUAUAACGAGAUUCUGCAAACUGUAGAAUUGCUCAAGCACAUCAGCUGGGGUGAGCGUGCAAUAAUAUUCGUCAUAUAGUAUUAUAUUUAUUAAAUGUGGUGUUGUUCUGUCUUCCCCUGCAUUGUAAUUAAAAAGUUUGCACUGUUUGGUAAUGUUUAAAUCUGUUUUAAAAAAAAAAAAAAAAACACGUUUGAUUUUUGAAGUUCUGUUGAUGCGGUAUUGCUUCUGUAAAAGUCUUUACCUGUUUUGUGAAGCGGUCUGGUAAACUCCUCGUGUCUGGCAGGUAGGGUUCGCCAGCCUUUUCUCAUCAUUUUAUAAUCAGUAAUUGCAGCUGAGGAAGGAGUUUUGAACCCUUGUUCCAUUAGGUCUCAAUCGUGGGGGGGGGGUUGAAAAGACACGCACGCCUAAUGGCCGAAACGUCUUUUCAUUUUUCAAAACCAUGUUAGCUAAUACUGCACUCGUUUUUAAAAACCUAGCAUGAUUAGACUUCCUGGAGAGCGAGGCCAGCAAACUGAGGUAUUUCUUUAACAAAGUGUAGUACCGGCUUGUUUUUAAAAACGAGAAUGCAGGCUGUCUGAAAAACUGUACCUUUUUUUCUGACUAAAAGUACAGGGAGGAUUUUUAGACCGCUUUUCAUAAACAGGUAAAAAAAUAAAAAAUAACUCAAUCCAAUGUAUAAGACGUUAAGUAUUAAUUUUCAGCAGCUGAAUUCAAUUCCGUUGUAAGAUUGUGAAACAUAUGAUUGUGCUGCUAUUAAAACGGAAGGCAUUCCUUCAAUCUAUUAGAUUAUUUAUUUCUGUGCCUUGACUGCGACACUCUGUAAUAACAUGUUGGUUUGCGUGUCGCUUUUUCCUCAAUAGAUAUUGUGAUAAAAAAUAAAGAAUUAUUUUGAAA